AUGUAAUCUCAUUGUGAUCAUUUUCACUGAAUUUCGACAACGCCAUGUGUUCAUUGAAUAUCUCCGUUUGUUUGUUUACUUGAUUCACAAUAUAAGUGGCGCAUAGUAGGGCGGCAAUUCGCUUGUUGGACUUUGCAGCUGGUCCACUGGGUCGGUUGAUGUGCUCUCCAUUGCGUACAUAACUAUCUUGUCGUUAUUCUUUGAUGCUAUGUACGCGGAUGAACUGAGUAAAUAUGUACAAUCUAUCCACCUCCAUAGCAAUUCAGUGUCUGGGGCGACGACAGAGAGUCUCGAUGCAGCGAAAAACAGCGAAGAUUCAGAAGAAACGUCAAUAGAAAAGUCAAUAAGGACUGAAGCUCAACCUAUCCUACCCCCAGGUUAUCAGAUAUCACAUUGCCUUGCAGAAGGUGGGAUUGGACGUGUAUACUUAAUAGUCAAUCCGGAUACAAAAGACUGUUUAGCUGCAAAAGUAGUCAAUGUCUACGGUCAAAGUUGUCAACGUAGCAAUGUGAAAACUGAAAUCAAUGUUACACAAAUUCGAGCUGAUCUCCGUCAAGAAGCUGAACUACAACGACGCUUAAAACACCCUAAUAUCGCUACUCUAUACGGGAUCAGGAAUACCGCUACAUUCACUGUUAUGUUCAUGGAAUUAUUGCCGGGUGGUGAAUUGUUUGAUCGUAUUCCUAUUGGCGUCGGACUACAUGUUCAACAGAUGUUUAUAUAUUAUUCACAGAUUUUAGAUGCAUUAAACUAUUUGCAUAAUGAUCAACAAAUUGCACAUUUAGAUGUUAAACCAGAGAAUAUUAUGCUGACUAAAAAGGAUAGAGCCAAGUUGAUUGAUUUCGGUUGGGCUGUAGAUUUACGCAAACAAAAACUUAUUCAAGGUCCAGUCGGUACAACGAGUUAUGCGGCUCCUGAAGUUCUCGGAAAAAACCCAUAUUUUGGACCACCUGCUGAUCUCUUCUCACUUGGUGUUACACUCCUCACGGCUGUCACUGGUCAGCGUUGUUGGUCUCGUGCUAGUUAUACAACAGAUCCUGUAUACCGACAGUGGACAGAACACAAAGAUCUACACACUGGUCCAGUGUUUUCCCGACUUCCUCCUGAUUUGGCUAACUUCUUAACACGUGCAUUAGCUCAUCGUCCUUCUGAUCGUCUUACUGUCGAAGGUAUCCUUAAUCAUCCUUGGUAUCGUCUUGGUAUGGCUCGACGUUUAACUCCUGUGGCGUCGCCUCGAAAUCGACAAAAUUCAGGUGUAUCUGUGAGUACUGUUACAGGUGACACUGAUCGUACUAAUACUACACGUAGGAAUUAUCAAGGAGAUGCUCCAGUUCCUUCAUCUCAACCAGCACCAGUGUGUACUGCUCAAUUGGAUUCUAUUAUAAAUGAUCUGCAUUUAUCACAACCUGUUGACACGGACAGUAUGUUAAUGGCUUCUCAACUGGUUGGAAACAUUGACUCUGUUAAAGAUCGUCUUGGCUUUUCGUGUAUAAUGCGGCGAAUGACUCGAUUCUUUUCAGCUUUGUCAUCUGUAGAGCAUACUAUGGAAGUUAUACAAGCUGUAGUUGCCCAAAGAAGGCAUUUACGUGCAACAGUUAAAGGAUCAAAUAAUCUUCUUAUUGAUAUUAAAAGUCCAGAACAUCCAGGAACUGCUUUCCGUGUCCUCUCGUAUCCAUUGGCUGGUUCAAUACUUGUUGAUUGUCGUCGAGUCUCUGGUGAUGGCCUGCUGUUCCAUCAGACCUAUGCAGCCAUUUAUACAGAUCUUUCAGCUAUGGGUGCGGUAAAUAUUACACAUCCUUAUCUACAUAUUUUAUUGCCUGAAAGGCCUUCAAAUAACGGUGAUCAAUCAUCGGAUUCAACAGAUAACACUAGUAACACUUGUAUGCCUGAAAAGAACACUGUGCCUGCAUACAACGAACUACCUCCAGUGGCCAUGGAAACGUAGUUAUAAUUUUUGUCAAUUCAGAGAUUGUUUAGAGAAGAAAAAAAGCAUUCACUUAUGAGACUUAUGCUGAACAAAUUUUUACAUAUUUUUCUACGCUAACUUACUUUUUUAUCGAAAGAAAAUUUUGAUAUCGAUGUUCACUUGAAUCUUAUAUUAUUAUUAUUAUAUCUCAUAUUAUUUUACCCGGUGUGUAUGUGUGUAUGUGUGUGUGUGUAGAUUUUAGUGCUUCAUCAGUACUUGAGAG